UGCACACUUUCUUACACACUCACCACUGUCUUAAAUUAAAAGCAAAAGAAAAAGUAGAGAGAGAAUCGUUCCCGUUUCAUUUGAUUUCCCUCUGCAGCUUCUUGGAGUAGAGAGAGAGAGAAACAGAAAAGUGAAAAAGGGCCAACUGAAGUGAUAAAGGUGAUAGAGGAAGAAAGGGAGAGAUCGUGAACAUGGGGGGUGAUCAAACCUGGAGCUUAACCGCCAAGCUGUGCGACUCAUGCAAAACUGCGUCGGCUACGGUUUUCUGCCGCGCUGACUCCGCCUUCCUCUGCCUCGCCUGCGACGCUAAAGUCCACGCAGCCAACAAGCUGGCGUCGCGCCACGCCCGCGUCUGGGUGUGUGAGGUCUGCGAGCAGGCCCCCGCCUCAGUCACCUGCAAGGCGGAUGCAGCUGCUCUAUGCGCCACGUGCGACCGCGAUAUACACUCUGCUAACCCUCUUGCUCGCCGCCACGAGCGUCUCCCUGUCGUACCCUUCUACGACGCCGCUUCGGCCACAAAAUCCUCUCCAUCCGCCUCCGCCGCUGAAGAAUUCUCCGAGGAGGAAGCGGAGGCCGCUUCGUGGCUGCUUCCCGACCCGAACAGUAAAUCGGAGGAGGAAUCUGAGUCCCCCGAAUACAAAUCUGCUGAGUAUCUGUUUAGUGAUAUGGAUCCGUACCUGGAUCUUGAAUUGAUAUCCGGGGAGCAGAAGCCCCACCAUGUUGUUAUUAAUGAGCAGAAGCAGUAUUCUUCCGAUGGAGUUGUCCCGGUGCAGAACAAGAAUGAAUAUGGAUCUGGGCAGUACCCUGGUCCUGUUGUUGAUGGAUUUCCGACUUAUGAAGUGGAUUACCCGGGAACCAAGCCUUUUAUGUAUAACUUCACCACGCAAUCCAUUAGCCAAAGUGUAUCCUCAUCAUCGCUCGAUGUCGGAGUGGUGCCGGACCACAACGCCAUGGCCGACGUUUCGGACACUCUCGCUAAGACCGACGCCGUUCCGAUCCCAGUUUCCGGGAUGGACAGAGAAGCAAGGGUGUUAAGGUACAGAGAGAAAAGAAAGAACAGAAAGUUUGAGAAAACCAUUCGAUACGCCUCACGGAAGGCGUAUGCAGAGACCAGACCAAGAAUCAAAGGAAGGUUUGCUAAGCGGUCGGAGCUCGAGAUUGAUUCCCUCAUCGCACCCGAUGCUUCAUACGGCGUUGUCCCAUCUUUUUAAUAAGCUGAAUUAAUUAUUGUGAACUGAAUUUUGGGAGUUCAAUUGUUAACUUUUGUUGUUGUUGUUGUUGUAACACAAGACAAUGGAUAAUUAAUGUAUGUCUCUCAUGUAUAUAUUGCACUGUUUUUGGUUCUUGUAUCACUACUAGUUAUCCAUUUCCCAGCUGCUUGUGUAAUGUAAUGAAGUUUUGUUUAUCUAGAAAUUUUCUGUUAGCCGACCAUUAAGAUCAUCAGACUGCCAUGCAAUGCUUG